UGCUCAGACAGAGAAUGAGAAAGUCCAUCGGUGUUCUUUCACAGUAGUUUAUUUGGGAAUUCUGCAUAUGUUAUUACUAACAUAAUUCAUUUACUGAAAAUGACCGAAUUUGGUUCAAAUUGACAGCCCAGAUAACAUAUUGGAAAUGUUUCUUUUGGAGGAAGGAAUGAUUUGACGGCUCGUCUGCACACAGCCAUCCACCGCGAAUCAGUCCUGAAGCCCGCUUCGUUAGCAAAGCCAUCGGCAGGCUGAUGUUUAGCAGAAUAUUUCGCUAGCUAGCCCGCUAGCUUGUCGAUAGGUAAACUGGUAGACAAACCUAGCCAUGGAAUUUGCUUAUUGUGAUGAUAAAUGUACUAUCAUCAAUAGCUGUUAUUUAUUAAGGUGUCUUUGAAAGUAUUGGGCUUCUGUUUUUGCCGAGUACAGUUGUGCUAACCCGCUAGCCUUUUACAAAGAGCUCUGUGGAUAUUAAACCCCAUAACGUUAUUUGUGUCCUUUGUUUUGAAAGGACUUUUGUGAUAGCCAGGUGUGUGUUGUAAGUUGUUUUAUACCGUCGAAUGGCUCCUCAAAAGUAUUCGGGUCAAGUUAUGAACAACUCGGCAAACUGUAAAACCAACGGUGUAAUGUACCCGUCUUCUGCGGCCGUGAUGAACGCGGCGAAAAAACCCAAGAUGGAACAGAUUCAAGCCGACCAUGAGUUGUUCUUGCAGGCCUUUGAAAAACCAACGCAAAUAUACAGAUUCCUACGGACCAGAAAUCUGAUAGCGCCUAUACUGCUACAUAGGACACUCACGUUCAUGUCACAUAGAAACUCAAGAACAAACGCAAAAAGAAAAACCUUCAAAGUGGAUGACAUGCUCCCCAAGGUGCAGACCAUGAAAGGGGAACAGGAUUCACACAACUUGGCAUCCCAUUUACAGCUCACAUUCACUGGAUUCUUUCAUAAGAAUGACAAGCCAUGCCAAAACUCAGAAAACGAGCAGAACUCUGUGUCUCUGGAGGUGCUACUAGUCAAAGUCUGCCAUAAGAAACGCAAGGAUGUCAGUUGCCCCGUGAAGCAAGUGCCUACGGGUAAGAAGCAGGUGCCUUUGAACCCGGACCUGAGCCAGGCCAAGCCAGGUGCCUUCCCCUCGCUGCUGGUCUCCAGCAACGAGUUUGAGCCCAGCAGCAGCCACAUGGUCAAGUCCUACUCACUGCUCUUCCGCGUGUCCCGCGCCGGCAAGCGGGACGCCAGCGGCCUGGCCAACGGGGAGACGGACGAGAACAUGGACGUGAAGGAGGAGCAUCCGGGCAGGAAAAAGAGGAACUCCUCCCACAGGGACGACGGAGAGGGCACCGAGACCUUUGUCGCACAGAUGACCGUCUUCGACAAGAACAGGCGUCUGCAGCUGCUGGAUGGGGAGUACGAGGUGUCCAUGCAGCAGGUGGAGGACUGUCCCGUCAGCAAGAAGAGGGCCACCUGGGAAACCAUCCUGGACGGAAAGAGGUUGCCCCCGUUCGAGACCUUCUCUCAGGGGCCCACGCUGCAGUUCACGCUGCGCUGGACAGGUGACCCUAACGAUCCCGCUACGGCCCCCGUCGCCAGGCCCCUGUCCACACGCAACUCCGACACCAGCGCCGCCGAGAGCCGGCCCAACACGCUCCGAUCCGCGCCACAGGCUGUUAAGGACUCCGUCAGCACCAGCAUUCAAACGAGAAGAGAGCUAUCGGUGUGUGAACCGCGGCAGAAACUGCGGAUAUUUUAUCAGUUUCUGUACAACAAUAACACGCGGCAGCAGACGGAGGCUCGUGAUGACCUGCACUGCCCCUGGUGUACCCUCAACUGCCGCAAACUCUACAGCCUUCUCAAGCACCUCAAGCUCUCGCACAGCAGAUUCAUAUUCAACUACGUGCCUCACCCCAAGGGAGCCCGGAUAGACGUGUCUAUAAACGAGUGCUACGACGGCUCGUACGUGGGCAACCCGCAGGACAUUCACAGCCAGCCCGGCUUCGCCUUCAGCCGCAACGGCCCCGUCAAGAGGACGGCCGUCACGCACAUCCUGGUAUGCAGGCCAAAGCGCACUAAGCCCAGCUUGUCCGAGUUCCUGGAGUCGGAGGAGGGCGAGCCGGAGCAGCAGCGGACGUACGUGAGCGGCCACAACCGGCUGUACUUCCACAGCGACAGCUGCAUGCCCCUCCGGCCGCAGGAGAUGGAGGUGGACAGCGAGGACGAGAGGGACCCCGAGUGGCUCCGAGAGAAGACCAUCAUGCAAAUCGAGGAGUUCACGGACGUGAAUGAGGGCGAGAAGGAAGUGAUGAAGCUAUGGAAUCUCCAUGUCAUGAAGAAUGGCUUCAUCGCGGACAACCAGAUGCAGGACGCAAUCAUGCAGUUUGUGGAGACGUGCGGCUCGCACAUGGCCCGCCGCCACCUGCGCCGCAACUUCCUGCUGCACCUGGUCAGCAUGCACGACUUCAACCUGGUCACCAUAGCCACCAUCGACCGGGCCAUGGCGCGCCUGCACGAGAUCCGCGACGCGCUGCCCGACCAGCUGACCGGCGAGGAGCUGGCGCUGGCGCUGGCCGUGGUGGCCGACGACGGCCAUGGCCACCGUCACACGGUCUGCAACGGGCACACGCUGGCCUCGGGCGUGUCGUUGCACGGCAGACGCACCAAGAGCGGCAUGGCCGAUUGACCAGAGGCCAACGACGACUGGUUUUCCGCCUUUGUUUAUUUCGUUUUGAUUGCCUGUUUUGUUUGGUUCGGUUUGGGAGGACACGUCCGAGGGUGAACCGAGCCGGGAAUAGCAGCUAUGGCUGACUGACCUCACACUGCCCUCCUACCACCACCACCACCACCACCACGUCAGUGCCAGAGGAGGACUGGACACCGUUUCUCGAAAGCAUUGUUGCUAACCACGUAGCAACUUAUUAGUUUGCCUGUGGGAAAUUACAUUGCAACCAAGUAAGUUGCUAACUUCGUUAGCAAAGAGGCUUUCGAGAAACACACCCCUGGUUUCCUGUUAUUGUUUUGUUUUUGUUUACUCUUCUUGUUCGGUUUUCGGAGGACUUGUCCCAAUGUGUGACGACCUCAAUGCGCGACCCCGAUGCCCAACCCUCGCCUCUACACCUUCUACUACCAUACAAUUGCCAGAGGAAGACUGGUUUCCCAUUUGUUUUGUUUUGUUUUGUUCGGUUUCGGAGGACUUGUAUGAAGUGUGACGUCUUUUGUUAAAGACUUUUGAUAAUGAUGAGCCAUUGAGAGUGGAACCUGAAAAAUGAACUCGGAAUGCAGAGUAGGAGGAUAAGAAUCCAUUAUUAUUGGAUUAACACACUCCUUCCCUCACAAUCAUGAAGGCUUAUUAUAGUCAAUGGUGGUCCUCCUCGCCUAAUAAAUCAGGGGGAGAAAAAAAGCUCAGUCGCAGAUGACAUGAAUUGUCGUAGGAUGGGAAUUACUAUUAGUCUUCUCGGAUCAUUUGUGUUCAUUAACCUGGGGGGUAUUCCAAGAACUCGGCUCAGUAGUUAACUGGGUUAAGUUGAGGUAGUGGUAAAUCAUGUCAGAGAAGAGCCUGGAGUCCUUAUUUUCUGAACUGAAGGGGCUACACAUGUGCUGUGGGCUACGCAUCAGCAGGGUUACCACUUCCUGUAGGUUAACCUAGCCAGGUUUAUCACUUAACCACGUUCUUGGAAUACUUUUCUGGGGUGCCUUUCUCGAAAGCAUAGUUGUUAGCUACUUAGCAACUUAGGUAGUUGACAAUGGAAAAUUGCAUUGCAACCAACAAAGUAGCUACCGUAGUUAGAAACUAUGCUUUCGAGAAAUGUACCCCUGGUUUGGAAUCAGUGGUCUGUUUUUAUUAGCACAUGUUAGCACUUGUCUUGCUACCCCAUUUCAGAGGAUGGUCACUUUUCUUCAGAACGUUCUGAGGGCCUCUUUCCCCCCCGCCCCCCUUUAAUGAUUGUCAUGAAUUUCGCCAUAUGCUAGGCGUAUAAAUGGACGUUUUAUUUUGAAUUGUUCUUUUCAUGCACCUCUAUUUGUUGUGUAAUUUUGGUAAGGUUAUUUUUUUAUGGUAAGAUUCCCACCAGGGACUGGGUUCUUUAAACCUGAGGACGAUGGCAGAAAGACACUUUUCAGAGAUGGGUUGUUUUGAAGAUGUUACAGAAUUGUAAAAUCUGUAUCCCAAGAAAUGGUAAAAAUUAUAUGUGGUUCUGUUUUUUAUUUGUUACUUUCACUUCCAGGAUCCACUAGCACCCAUACAAGAUCACAACCAUUUAAGUUAGUGAUGGGCAACCUGCAUGAAUGAAUUAAUUUACAACCAAUUACCACAUAUUCCAAUCCAACCAGGUAGGCUAAUUGCCUGUUUGGACAGGCAAAAACCUCAUCAUUUAGAAUAUAUGGCACUGGAUUCUAACUAAUGAAUCCAGGUUGCCCAUCACUGAACUUAGGCCGCUUUCACACCAAAGUGGCGAAGCGUUGCGGGUCGGAAGCGAUUUUUUUUCCCGGCGGUGGCGAAAAUACAUGGUAACAUGUCUGUCCUUUUACACCAACCGGCGGUAGUUGGGCGUCAGCGGCGCGGGAGCAGGCUCCACUCCGCGCUGCAUUUGGAAAAUACUUUUCCAAUAAUUUUGGACGGCAGCGACCGGCGGUGUCCCAUUCAAAUGAAUGGAAAAGCUGAGUAGAACACCAGCCGAAACUAGCAGAAAGACCUCAAUCAUCUCGCUGCCGUUCCGCCACGCUUUAGUGUGGAGCCGGCCUAAGCCAUCCAUUCUUAGGCCGGCUGCACCGCUGACGCCCGACUACCGCCGGUUGGUGUGGAAGGACAGAUAUGUUUCCAUGUAUUUUCACCACCGCCAGUAAAAAAACGCUUCCGUCCCGCAACGCUUCUCCACUUUGGUGUGAAAGCGGCCUUAACCACCAGACAGUACUUCUGAAUAGAUAUGUAUAUUCCGUUUAACCAAGCAGAGCGCUUUUUAAAAAAAUGUGUUUAUAUUUGAAGCAGUUGUUUAUUUGGAUGUUUUCCACAAUGUAUGGUGCACUUGUCAAUAUCCCACAACCACCUUCACCAUAAUCACCCCUCAAAAAGGAAAAGAAAAUGCUUUUUUUGCUGAGGCAGAAUGUGGAACAGAUGGUUACUUAUGGGUUCUCAACACAAGCCAAAGUGCAACAUUUGCAGCAAUCUUGUUAUUUUUUCCCCUCUUUUUGAAUUGUAUACCCGUAGUACAAUAGGUGAAAGUAUCAUUCAGACAAAAAAUACUCCAUGCAACUUUUGUCUUGAAAUAAAACAAUAAAUUAUCAUUUCCCA